CUCCUCCCCCCCAUCCCCCUCCCCCUCCCCAGGGUCUUCCUGGCUGAGCAGUUUGAGUUCCUGCAGCCGCACCUGGACGCCGUGAUGCCUGCCGUGAAGAAGCCCUUCCUGCAGCAGUUUUACUCUCAGACGGUGUCCACCGCCAGCGAGCUGCGCAAGCCCAUCUACUGGAUUGUGGCGGGGAAGGCGAUUGACUAUGAGCAGAUGCUGCUUCUGAUGACUAGCGUCAAGUGGGACGUGAGAGAGAUUAUGUCCCAGCACAACGUCUACGUGGACACUUUGCUGAAGGAGUUCGAGCAGUUUAACAGGCGGCUGACCGAGGUAUCGAAGAGGGUUCGGAUCCCCCUACCCGUGUCCAAUAUCCUGUGGGAGCACUGCAUCCGUCUGGCCAACAGGACGAUCGUGGAGGGCUAUGCCAAUGUGAAAAAGUGCAGCAACGAGGGCCGGGCCUUGAUGCAGCUGGAUUUCCAGCAGUUCCUCAUGAAGCUGGAGAAGCUGACGGACAUCAGGCCCAUCCCUGACAAGGAGUUUGUGGAGACCUACAUCAAAGCCUAUUACCUGACCGAGAACGACAUGGAGCGCUGGAUCAAGGAGCACCGGGAGUACUCCUCCAAGCAGCUGACCAACCUGGUGAAUGUGUGCCUGGGCUCUCACAUCAACAAGAAGGCGCGGCAAAAGCUCCUCGCGGCCAUAGACGACAUCGACAGGCCCAAGAGAUAGUGAGCCAGGG